UAUAUAUUCAUAUAUCUUGUUUCUCUGUCACACACAUGAAAACAUACAUACAGACAAAUAAAAACAUGUGUUUGACUGUUACAAAUCCAUAAAGUUACCAUUUUUCAAACGGCAUUGUUUUCUUGAAAUCUGCUCCAUCCAUUUUUUACUUUACCCUAUCUAACCCCCCUAUUCGUUUCCCCCCUCAUUUCUUUCACAUUUUUCAAUCUCUCUCUCUCUCUCUCUCUCUCUCAAAAGAACAAAACAAUGGGAAGCUGUUUGAGCAAGAAAACCACUUCUCCCACAAAACAACUUCCAGCAGCAGCAGCUCAAACUGAACUCAAACCUCAGAUACCAGAAGAAUCAAAGAAAUUGGAAGAUCAAGAAACCGUGAAAAAGGAGAUCUUUGUAAUCAGGCAUAGAAGAAGUCACGAUCUUGAUCGAUUCUCCGAAGAUGACAAUAAGCACAUUUCUUUACAAACCGACAACAAUUCAAUCAAAUCUGACUCUACCGGAAACAUCAGCGCCGUUUCCGGAUCUGCGGUCGUGAGAACCUCGAGCUGCACGAAAGAAGAGGUUGAUGCCAUUCUGAUACAAUGUGGUCGUCUCAGCCGCAGCUCAUUCAACGGGAAGUCAUCUGUCAUCUCUGGAUCUUCAGAAAAUCAGACAAGCGGCGGCGGCGGCGGCGGACACAGGAGGAAAUAUUCGGGAUCCAAGAGGAGCUACGAUUUUGAUCAAGAAGGUUCAAAUAAUGAAAACAGAGACGAUGACGUGGCAGACGGUGACGACGACGAGACAGCGGCGGAGAGAAUCCAUCGUUACCGUCAGCGGCAGAGACAGUCCCGUCCGUCUUCUUCCUCCGGUAGUCGCCGGCGGACACCCAGCAGAGAAAGAGACCAGCUUCAACAACAAAGAUCUGGGAGUAGAGAGAGAAACACUACAAGCUCUGGAACGGCGAGACGGGUUAGCCGAUCGCCUAACCGGCGAUCUGAAUCUCCGAUCACCGGAAAUAUCAUAAUCAACAACGUUGUAAACAAACCAGGUAAAAUGGUAUCUGUUCCUGCUACCAUAUCUUCCCUUGUUAUGGACAAAAGCAACAACCUUGCCGCACCUGGAACCGAACCUCCAUCAUCGGCGGGGGGCGUUAAACGGAUCCAAGUGAAGAGAAAUGUCUCAGUUAACGUUACCGGCAGCGAACCCAUCUCUCGUACUGCUGCAUCGCCUCGUUCUCGUUCGCCGGCAAGAACCAAUUCCAAGGCAGCCGCCGAAACCCUAAACGCAAUCGCAAACGCAAACGUAAACGCCACUCAGCCAUUGACUCUUAGCAGAAGCAAUUCGAGAAAAGCCGAACAAUCUCCAUAUAGAAGAAACCCAUUAGGAGAGAUUGAUCAGAACAUCACUACCAUAAACCAGAAAUCUGCUAAGGAUGUGGAACAAGAAAAAUCCAUGAUUACCAAUGUGUCGGUUACAAUCGUGCCACCAAACUCCGCCGUGGGAAGAACAAGAUCAUCGAGGCUGUCGAGAGAUUUCGAUAUAAACCCAGAAACUCUGACCAAUAAUAAUAAUAAUAAUAAUCAAUCUCCAAAUCCAACUUCAUACACAGCAUUACUGCUCGAAGACAUUCAAAAUUUCCACCAAAAGAAUUCCAUAACUACUCCAACAACCGCCAAUUCUCUUCCAUGUUUGGCAAAAGCUUGCUCCAUUCUCGAAGCAGUUGCAGAUCUUAAUUCAAGCACGGGCUCAUCCAAUCUGUCUCUCAAGAAGAGGACUUUCGUAUCCAAGGAACCACCUUUCGUGGAAUCCAAGAUUGUUGGCAAUGAUGACAUAAUGGAGCCAAGCAUUCACAAGUACGUCACCGUUAGGAGGGGCGGCGCCGGCGGUGAUAUUGAGGAUGUGGAGUCUUCCGGGAGUAAUAACGUCGUGGGUGGACAACAACAGCAAUGGGUUUCUCCGUCUUCUUGGGAGCCCAACUCUGCUGAUUCGACCGAUCAUUGGACUUCUUCUUAUUGUUCAUCAAGGUACACUGAAAGAGACGAAGACCCAAUUGACAUUAGAAGAAGGACGAGUGAAAGGAAGAGUGGAGGAGGAGUUGGGAAAAACAGGGUUGGAUCCGGCAGGAGUCUUUACUCGUCGCCGGCAAUGGCUGCGGCUACCACAUGACAGACAGACAGACAGCAGCAUUUUAAGAAUUUGUUUUCAUUUCAGGUUUGAUUUUAUUUUAUUUUUAGCUCUAAAAAUUUGCAUAGAUGUUGCAAGCUUGCAACUUUCAUUGUAAUUUGAUUUCAAUCCGUUGCUCAAUUCGCUCGAUUGUCGUUUCUUGUUCUUGAACUGGUAAACAGUUGCAUAUUUCUUCAUUACUAUUAAGUAAAUUUUAUUCUAAUAUUUAGGUCUUUCUUAUUUCUUAUUU